AUGACUAGCUAUUAUGAUGAUAUGGAACCAAAUAUGAAUGGAAACAGAAGAUCUUCUCUGAAUGGAAAAAAGUAUAUUUAUGAAAUUGAAAUGUGGGAUUAUUCUCAAUACGAUAGAGCCUUAGUGACCUAUUUUUCACCCAUUCAAGUGUUUGCCAUGUUUUUCAUUUACUACUUGUACUCUCAACAGACUUAUUCAGUGCUGUACACAAAGAUCAUUAUGACUAUUUUUAUUUAUUUACAAUCUGUAUUUAUUGACAGAAUUAUGAUUGCUUUUGAAAGAAGAGAAUCAGAUAAGCAAAUUAUUUAUGGUCAAACCUAUAGAGAAGAAGUGGAUUUUAACAACAAUGGUGUUACAUUACCAACUCUUGAACCUGUGCACUUUGCAAAUGCUGCCUAUUCAGGAUUGGGAGAGAUGGAUGACGAAAUGAGUAAUGAAUUAUUAACAUCAAUACCAAGAAAUUCUUACAUGUCACAACAGGAACAAGCUAUCCAAAGGACAGGACGUCAUGAUGUCUCAGAACCAAAGGAACAAAUUACUCCAAAUGUGACCAAGAGGGCAAACAGAAAGAUCAAUAGGCAAUCAGAAGAAAUUGAAGUGACAGAACAACCCAUUCAAGAAUUUGUUCCUCCUAUUUCUCAACAAUCUAUUUCUCAACCAUCACCCCUCACCUCGAACGCAUCAACAACUACAGAGGAACCUCAGAAACAAGGAUGGUUUUCCGGUUUGUGGAAUUCCAUUUUUCCAUCUCGCAAACAAAAGCGAGAAGCACAAGCACAACAAAGCAUUUCUCGAAAUAUUCAAAGAACACAAACAAUCCCAAAAGAUGAAGAAGAGGAUGAACGUAGAGAGGUAAAGCGAAAACAGCCAACUUCCAAACAACCCAAAGAAAGUGAGAAGGAAGAAGAAAAAAAGCGAAAAGAAAGCGUCAGUAAUCCAUUCCAACAGCACCGAAAGAAACCAAAGCAAUAA